AUGAUACUCAAUCGACCAGGCAUUGCAUCCAUGUCCCUCGGUCGACCAUGGAUCCACAAUCUACCCGAUAAACUGAUCCAAGCCGCGACUCACGGAUUCCAGGGCAUCGAGCUCUUCUUCGACGAUCUUGACUGCUAUGCGCACCGCACCUUCAACGGCGAUCGCAUCAAGGCGGCCCGUCAAACACGCAGUUUAUGUACCACCCUCGGACUGACAAUCAUCUGCCUUCAACCAUUCUCCAUGUAUGAGGGUCUGAUCGAUCGAGCCGAAUCGGACCGUUUAAUCAACGAGAAGCUUCCGCUAUGGUUCACUCUCGCGCGGACACUAGGAACCGACAUGAUUCAAGUCCCUUGUAACUUCCUCGGGCCUGAUCCUCAAACAGGCGCACCCAGAACAACCGGUGACCGCCGCGUGAUCGUCCGCGAUCUCCAGCGAUUAGCGGACUUGGGCGCCGGUGAGGGGUUUCGCUUCGUAUAUGAGGCGCUCUGCUGGGGAGAUCAUGUGGAUACUUGGGAAGCGUCCUGGGAGAUUGUCCGCGCGGUUGACCGGCCUAAUUUCGGACUAUGUCUUGACUCAUUUAAUAUCGCCGGACGAGUUUAUGCAGACCCCUCGUCACCAUCGGGAAAGACACCGAAUGCGGUGGCUGACCUGGCUGCUUCGCUUGAUCGUCUUCGGACCGCGGGGAUAGACCCCGAGAAGAUCUUCUAUGUCCAGCUGGUUGAUGGAGAGCGUCUCACUGCUCCUCUGGAUGAGAAUCAUCCGUUCCACGUUACUGGACAACCUGCGCGGAUGAGCUGGUCUCGAAACGCUCGUCUUUUCCCCUUUGAAGAGAGCCGUGGUGGGUAUCUGCCGGUUUUGGACAUUGCACGGGUCUUUUUCGAUGAUAUUGGCUUUCGAGGAUGGGUGUCUUUGGAGUUGUUUAGUCGGACAUUGGCGGAUCCUAAUCCCACGACGCCUGCUGAACACGCCCGUCGAGGAAUGGACUCCUAUGUGAAGAUGAGUCAAACCCUUCAGUGGGAGGAUCGGACGCACACGAAGAUUGUUCCUGUUCCCAAACGUGUCUUAGCAGACUCGGAAGGCCCUCUGCAGCAUCGUCUGUGA